GUCGGAAGGCGGCUUCUCAGGUCAUUUUAUCACGGCGACAGUUCCUCUGUGGCUUGCGGGGAAUGAGACGAGACAAGCCCAGUGGAUGUGAGCUGUAAGUGUCAGAGGAGCAGUUCGAUGUGACGACGACGACGACGACGAAGAAGAGCUUGCAGCAUUUCGAGGGAGUUGCCCGUGUGCCACUCAUUGCAAGGUCGCCCUCCAAUGUGGUGGCAGAGAAGGAUCCGAGGUGGGGAGAGCUGCCAGGGAGCAACAGUGAUAACACUCGUGUGGAGAUUGAAGCGUGAAUUGAAGUCGAUGAUUCUGGCGACGGAUUCACGGGCUGUGCACAUCGUCUACUUGGAACGUAGAGUCGACUUUUUCUCGUUUUGUCUGAUGGAGCUUUCUCUCUGACAGGAGUGAAUUUAUUUUCCUUUUUACUUUUUGAGGAUCGCCGGCAUCUUUGCUGCUGACGAGUGGUACACACUCACCUUUUCGCUCGCCUUUGUAGUGGGUGAAAUUUGGAGAUCGGAGUUCGGUCUCUUCAUGGAUCCCUCGUUUGGUGUGGGAUUGUCACGCAUUGGCUCAGAUGGUGGGCUUCAACCUUUGAGGCGUGAGGGGUUUAUGUUGGGAUCGUUGGACUUUCUCCUCAUAUGCUGAGAAGACGGCGGAGGUGCUUUGGGACGGAAUAGACGAAUGUGAGCUUGCGUCUCUCUCUGCGGCACAAGCUCCAAGUUGGACGGCAGCUGUUCAAAGUGCGAAGGAUCUGGUGAUUGAGUGAUGGAGGCAAGAUGGAAGUGCAUGAGAGCCCAGCAUUGGAGCUGUGAAUCUUCUCCCGCUUGACCCAUAGAGCCAAUGAUUAGACAAUGGUUCAGAAAUUACUUAAUAACUGGAGAAGACAUCCAGAGAUACUCAAAAAUGUCUGACUCCUAUUUUCUACUUGAGGCGGGAUGAAUGAGCUUGAGCUGUUACAGCGGAGAUUUGACAAAGGUGCUGGAGAAAUAUUGUCCGACAAGCCAAGGGAUCAAGUGGUAUAGUGAUGCGAAAGGUAGCGAGGAAAGGAUAGUUUGGAGAUAUGGACGCAUCCGAAUCGGAAACUGCUGGAUUAGGAAGGGGGAAAUUCUUAGCAUGGCGAUCUUACAGCAGACGAGACAUGGGCAAGGACAGCGGCAUUGUUUCUGGGAGAAGCUUUGGCAGUAUUUCUGGCAGGGAUAUUGGCCGGGACAUUGCCAACUGGUGGACAGCAGCAGUUGAGCAGACUUCUACCUUUUUGAUGGACGAGAUUCCUGCUACGUUUGCUGAGCUUAGAGAAGAGGCAAAGGAGCUGAAACCACAACUUCAGCGUGGCUCGUCAUUCUCGAAUUUCACAUUGCCCUGGAGGACCAUCACGAUCAGCAGCAAAGCUGAUGAGGGUUCCAAGCGCCAGGAAGAUUUUGCGUUUGUCCCAGAGGCUUCGGGAUUUGUACCAUCUGUGGCAUCUCCGGAGCGUGUAGAGAGAUCUCUUCUUACCACCACGAAUCUUGGGGAGAAGGUACAAGAGCCCUCUGCAUCGUCUCCGAAGCCGCUGGAGAGAUCUCCUCUUACCACCACAAACCUUGGGGAGAAAGUACAAGAGCCCUCUGCAUCGUCCCCGAAACCGCUUGAGAGGUCACUCUCGACCAGGGGACAUGACGAAAAGAUACAGGAACCAACCAGAACUUCACCGAAACCGUUUAAAUGGUUUCCCCUCAUGGCUACAAAGUGUGAGGAGAAGACUCUCUUCACCACGGAAAUAUCAAAGCCUGCCAAGGGCUCGUUUGUCAUCUCUACAAACCAUAUGGAAAUGUCAUCGCCUGGUGGAGGCAAGUCACCUAUCGCUGAUGUAGACACACAUAUGUCCUCUGAGCUUUCCUCUCAGAAUAGUUCACCUCGGGAAAGUUCGUCUGGAGAGAGCUCUCCUUUGUCCUUCUCAAAUUCUGAGGAGAGGGUGCCACAAAACUUCACGAAAGAUGUGGAGAAGCGGCCUCUCUCGGUUAUGGAGGAUUUAAAGCUUUGUGAGAGCAUAUCUGUUAAGUCCGCUGAAGUGGUGGAGAUGCCAUUCCUCACCAGCGAGGAAACAUCAAAGCCCAUGGAGGGGUUGCCUCUUGGUGAUGUGAAAACAUCGAGCUCUUCUGAGAGCUCGCCGGUUUCCACGACUGAUCCACGCAUCUCAUCUCAAAUUCAUGAGUCGCAGAGGCGAACCAAAUGUGUACUAGUGGAGGCUUCCCCCUCGGAUGCAACCUCUCUUUUCAUUGUUAGCCAAGACUUUCUGCGAGGAGAGGAUAUAGCUCCCGGACAUACGGGAGUGCAUGCUUUAGAGGUCCCUCAGAGGCCGAAGUUUCUGAGCCUCGAGAAAUUUCUCACUAACACCUCUGAUGAGAGCAACCCGAAUUCUUCUGCCAAGCGCGUGGCUGGGUCGGGUGUUGGGUCAGCGAAGCGGAGCUGCUCGUCGCGCUCCUUGGCACUAGACCAGCAUUUGGAAGAAACUGAUAUUCGGUUCUCUCCGCAGUUGACAGUGGUGGGGACGCCUGACAGUAGCGACAGGGCUGUUCAUUUUAACAAAGUGGUUCUUCCUAGGGAUGAAAUCUUUCCAGGUAACACCAACAGCCUGCCGCAAAUCAAGGUGAGAACACCCAGGCUUGCAGAAGACUUGCAAGGCGUGAAUGAGAAAUCUGUUGCUUGGGAAUCGACUCAAGCGACGCAUGGAGGUAAGAACUGCGAAGACGCGCGGACGCAUGUGUCUGGCUCUUUGUUAAUUUCUCCUCAGUAUGCCUUAGGAGAUUCUCAGACUGCAAAACUUUUGAGAAGAUGGAAGCUCAAAGGACGAGGAGCUCGGAAAGGGUCUGAUACCAUCCUGGGCAAGGAAAAGAGCCCUACCAGAGAGGGGAACACUAUUACAGAUUCCGUUUUAAAGUAUUCAUCUGAAUUACACCGAAAGUUUUCUGGCAGCUUAGAGUCACGAAGACCAGACUUCAGUUACAGAAACUGGACUGACCCCGAUCUUAAAACCACCAUGCCUACAGGAAGUGACCGUGAAAUCAUCGAUCCUUCUUCCGAAAUGAGAGCAGGGAGGUUAGAAGCACAUGGUUGCAAUGAAGCUUCUAAGAGGUCAGUUUCAAGCAAGCAACAACUCAAUUCAUCGUCUGAGGCUUCUCUGAAGAUCAGCUCUCGGCCAUGGACUUUCAAGUGGAAGUGGGGGUCAAAGUCAAGGUCAAAAUCAAACAAGGAGGUUCUCAUGGCUGCUCCUCCACCUCUGCCACGCCCGAGCACGAAAACACAAAAGCGUGUCAAAUCUGGGGGCAUUUAUUGUACUUCAAAUGCCGAGGGUGAUGCCCGUGAUGCUUUUAAUUCCCAUUCAGACUGUUUCUCGGGCUGGGGGACUACUGAAAAAUUUGCCUGCGAUAGAGCUCCCAAGCACAGGAGGGGUUGGUCCUGGGGUGCAGGUCCCACAGCUGCACUGUGCUCAGGUUCUAAUCCUGUAAACUCUGCGUUUACUCCCAGUCAGCCACGUUUACCAACUCGUGAUGCCCAGGAGUUGCUGCUACCCCCACGGAAGCUCCUUGUUCCUCCUAUCGUUAACGUUAUUAAAGAAUACCCGAAACGAGGACCUUCAAUCGAGGUGAGGAGUACUCCUGAAGCAAGUGCAUCGCAACCUACUGCUGAUACAGACAUUUUUGAGGAUUGUUUUGGUAGCUUUCGAAGUGUUGAAAGUUCAACUAAAAGCCGCGGGAGUUUCAGGAGCAUUGAAAGUCCAGGAAUAAAUAGCGCCGUCCUGAAGAGAACGGGACUUUCGACUGAUGAAGAGUGGGAGGAUCAGAUGCCAUCGUCCUUCCCAGAGGAGUUCAGUGAAAUGUAUGAUGAGCAACGCCUUACUUCGUCCAAAUUUACACUGAAGUGUUCUCAAGUGCAGCAUUUCAACAGAUUUUUGAGAGCUCAGAAAGAGCGCCUUCGCAGUGGUGUAGAUUCAGGAAAUUCAGAUUGCUUUUCUAUUAUUAUACCGAGAAAAGGACUUGAACUUAGCUCCAUUGUAUCUGCACUCGGCUAUGCAUGGCUACAAGAGAAUUCCUCACUCAAGGUCAGUGGCAAUAUAUGGUAUCCGGUCCCGAUGAUUGACAUGCCAAGGCAGAAAAUGUACGAGCACAAGGAUUCUAUUUGGUUGUUUGACGUGUGCGGAAUCGAUCCUCGAGCGUUACUUUUUGCAGAUGAGGUAGAGUUGUCAACCUUGGUGGAAGCAAGGCGCAUUAAGAUGUCCAUAAUAGGACAAGAUGUGCUGAUGACGAGGAAUGAGGUGGGCUCCGUAUGCACAAUUCUUAUGGAGAUGCUUCUAGCUGGACAUCGAUGCUUACUUCAGCCUCCAUACAUUAAAGCAUUCAUUCUGGCUGGAAUUCUUCUGGACACUGAAAAUCUGGAUUUCGGAUCAAGGCGAGACAUAGAAAUGUCGAAUUUGUUAGUGGAAUGGUUGGGUUGCGUUGGAAGAACCACCUUUUACAACCAAUUGAGGAAAGUCGAGGAUGAUUCAAGAGUUUCGAAGCUUAUAUCACAGUACUAUGAUAGCCAACCUUCUGGUCAAUCAACUACUCCCUACAUUGAAUUGGCUACACUUAAAGCUCAGUCGAAAAUACGACUGAAAGAGGAUCAUGAUUACUCUGAUAGGGAGUCUAUGUUCACUUUAAGCCAAGAACAGGCGUCAACUUCGGAGGCAGGAACCAACAGCAGCUUGGAAGGUUAUUCGCCUCGACCUAAGAUAAAGGAAUGGUCAUCUUUCAAAUACUCUAGACUCAAUCCUCAUUCUGUUCCUGCCAGAGCCCAUCAUCUCUCUCUCUCAGGUAGGUGCUUUGAUCAAGAUUCACAGGCCGUUGCACACACAAGCAAAGCUGCAACGCAGUCUAGUCACCCGAGCUCUGCACUUCCGAGCAACGGUCAAAAUCCCCACCUCGCGAAGCCCAAUGCGUUCGCAAGGAUACGGAAGUUCUUCAAGGUUAAGGAAUAAUAAUUUGUAGAGAGAAGAGCAAUAUUCACUGGCACCUGACACAUUUAUAUUGCUUUAGGAUUAGCCUUGCUAAUUAUUGAAGAUAUUAUUUUUAUACACUAAGAGAGUUAGUUUUUCGGAGAUUCGAUUUAAAUGUACUCCUGUUUGCGUUUAGGAAAGGAUCACUUGUGAAAAGAUGAUAAAUCUCUACUCCCUGUGUACGAUCCGACAGAGGAGACUUUAUUCCCGAGUAUGUUAUCAUAUUUUCGCUUUCGUAAGCUUAGUCCACUGUUUGGAGGUAGUGUUGGAUUUAAAAGGCGUAGUGAUACCACGUCUUAAAGUUCAACCUGAAGUCUACAAAUUUUACUUCACACUCAUUAUUAUACCAA